UGCACUGUCGCAAUUUUGUAUAAUCACGACAUACUAAACCAUCCUUUCAAAAGAGGCAUUGGAGUGCGACCGACCGUCAAAAUAAGAAAUAUAUAUAUAUGAAUCAUUUUUAGGUCUUUCAUUUCGAAAUCCUAAAUGAUAACAAAUAAUGAGCGUGAGCGAUCUGGAAAAGAGCAUCUUCGUAGGAAACAUACACAGCUGUGUGACGGAGGAAAUCCUGUUUGAGUUGUUUCUGCAGGCCGGGCCAGUAGAAAAGGUGCAUAUAUUCAGAAAUGGGCAUCAGAUGCCAUAUGGAGUGGUUUACUAUAAACAUGCCGAGGCGGUUCCCUAUGCUGUUGAACUUCUGGAUGGGAUCUGGAUCUAUGGACAGCCGAUCAAGUUACAGUGUAAAUAUGGAAGACAUUAUCAGGAAAAUGACAUUUGGUGUACUACAGGCAUGGACAGUGGAGUGAUAGCAAACAGCAAGGGUGCCGUGCACAGGGACGAUAUGGCUUCGGAUGUAAAUAACAGUCUAGGUGUUGAGAACCAUUGUAAAACACCACACGGCUGGAGUGACAUGUUGUGCCAGCGGCUGUGUGGUACAGUCCACCCCUCCAGCAGUGGAUGGAGUCUGGAUACCCCCCUGGACAUCCAACCAGGAUGAACAGUCCUGGUUCUUUAGGUCAUCUAAUACCAAUGCGGGUUGUGCAAAUGUGAGUUUAAUGAGUAACAAACAUAAACACAGAAAACUGUAAAAAUGUGGUGAUGUAAAUUAUUAUUUUGCUGUCUUAGAUUAUGUACAAUGAACAACUGUUACAAGCACUGUACAAAUACACAAAUAUUAUACUCCUGAAACAGAAUGUAAUGUCUGUAAUAUCUUCUUUAAUAAUAAAUUUCUCUAAAGGCAUGUCAUGGUCUCUUUGUACGUGUAAGAACAGAUGUAUUUAUCUGACUGCUUGCUGAUGAAUCUUGUUUUACAUGAAUGUUCGGUGGGACUUUGCAUCUCUUGUUGCUAAAUCAGGUGCGGUAAUGAAAACGUCAAUAGCAAAAUGAAUGAUUGAUCUGUUUUGUUUCUAUGUAAUGACAGUUUUACGAGGGAAUAAAAUGACGUGUUGUAUAUAGGAUGACAGUUCAGUCAUUUGAACAGUCAUAUCAAAAGGUCGCUCUCUCAUACCGUGUUGUGGGUAGGGCAGUCAUCUGAGUUUAGAGGUGUUGUAUAAAAACACAGCAGAUGUUAUAAUACACGCUAUUAUCAAAAGUGAGAUUUCACCACCUGAUUAGAAGCGAUUUGUCAAAAUCUGAAAUAAAUAGAUUUGAUAGAAUAGGAUUAAGUGCUAAGAAGUCACAUCUCUGUUUUGAGUUCACUUUAUGGUCUUGUUUAUCUACAGUCUUGCCUACCGGCUUGGUUUCCGCCUAAUGGAAAUGCUGAUAAAAGUACUCAAUAAAAAAUUAUUACCAGGUUAUAUAAGAGAGACACGGGGAAGACAAGAGACAAACGAGAAACCUCCUCCAGAUACUGUCCCAUUACAAUUACAAAAACCUGUUGCGAUUUAAACUUAAAGUCUUGAGGGAAAGUUGUUGGUGUAAAUAUGUCUAGGAGAGGUAGUCGUCUGUCAUCCGUGGAGGUGCUGCUUUUGCUGCUGGUGGUUGUUCUGUUUGUGGUGUGUGUGAGUCUUAUUGCCGUCUCUUGGCUUGCGCUGGACAAAAAUGCUUCAGGACAGGAUGAAUCAGGUUCAGAGUUUACUGGGCGACUUGUUAUCACAAGUGGAGUCGUUUUCACAGCGGAUCUCCUCAACAGAAGCAGUGUGCAGUUUAAAGCCUUGGCUUAUGAUACUGAGCAGCAGAUAAAUGAAGCCUACAGUCGUAGUUCCCUUAAAGAGCAGUUUCAAAGCUGCAAGAUUAAUGAAUUCAGCGAGGGCAGUGUUGUUGUGCACUUUGACGUCCUCUUCCGUGCUGUUCUGGAUUCUAACACGGCACUAGAAGGGUUGAUAGAUGGUUUAAAACAGGGUGACACUGGAUCUAAUGAAGGACUUGUGAUUGACAGCAGCAGUGUACAGAUCUCAGAUAAAGAAAGUACAACACAGAGGCCAUCUACAACUAAACCAGUGAAGUGUCCAGAUCAACAGAAAGCAUGUGUGGAUGGUACAUGUAUAUCUACAAAUCAGUUCUGUGAUGGAAUAAACGACUGUCCUGACAGCUCAGAUGAGCAUCAAAGUGUCUGUGCGACUGUGUGCGAUGGACAGUUUCUUCUGCUCGAUCCGACUGGAUCCUUCCGCUCUAAAAACUUUCCGCAGGAAUACGACAGUGACAUGACGUGUCGUUGGGUCAUACGUGUGAACGACGGCCUAGCCAUCAAAAUAACCUUCCAUACUUUUCAUACGGAGGAAGACAUUGAUGUUCUGGACCUGUAUGAGGGAACGGGACUGACGAAAAAUUUAACAUAUUCUCUCUCGGGAAUGGCUCCUGGAAACAUCUGGCUUUUAUCUCAUGAUGCCACGGUUGAAUUUCACACAGACUUCAUUAACAACUUUCAGGGCUUCAAUGCUAGUUACACAGAAGAGAACAUCAGUCAUCUCUCGAAUGAAGACAAGAUAAACUGUUCGUUUGAAGAAGAUUUCUGUUUCUGGAGGCAGGAACUUAAACAUGAUCAUGGAGACUGGUUGAGAGGCCGAGGCUCUAUUCCUCCACUUGGCACCGGCCCGAGUUUUGAUCACACGCUGGCCAACCGAUCAGGGUCCUACAUAGUGACCCCUAGAAGUGCAGGAAGUUUGGAAAAGAAAUUUCGUCUCUAUAGUCUUCCACUGUCUCCUGUGAAUGAAUCUAUGUGUCUGAGAUUCUGGUAUCAUAUGUUUGGAGAUGAAGUUUGGCGUCUGAUAGUCACGACGGAGGAAGGAUCUACUGUCACUGUCCUCUUUCAGAAGGAAGGGAACUAUGGUGACAACUGGAACUACGGCCAAGCCACACUGAACAGCACAGCAAAUGUUGUGGUUGUGUUUGAAGCACAGAAAAGGGCGGGCGUCCUGAAUGAUAUCGCUCUCGAUGACAUCAGCAUUGUGCCUGGUUCCUGUGGGGAGGGGCCUCCUGAGCCCACCCUGGUCCCCCCGCCCAUCACUCCUCCUCCCAUGCCAGCUGACUGUGGGGGUCCGUUUGACCUCUAUGAGUCAAACUCAACAUUCAGUUCUCCAAAUUAUCCACUUGGCUAUGGAUCGAAAGCUUCGUGUAUGUGGACUUUGCAUGCUAAGGAAGGACAGAAUAUCCAGCUGCAUUUUCAAGACGUUGCUUUGGAGGCUUCUUAUGACAUUUUAGAAGUUCGGGAUGGUAUAGAGCCCAAUUCAGAAUUAUUAGUGAAGUGUCCAGAUCAACAGAAAGCAUGUGUGGAUGGUACAUGUAUAUCUACAAAUCAGUUCUGUGAUGGAAUAAACGACUGUCCUGACAGCUCAGAUGAGCAUCAAAGUGUCUGUGCGACUGUGUGCGAUGGACAGUUUCUUCUGCUCGAUCCGACUGGAUCCUUCCGCUCUAAAAACUUUCCGCAGGAAUACGACAGUGACAUGACGUGUCGUUGGGUCAUACGUGUGAACGACGGCCUAGCCAUCAAAAUAACCUUCCAUACUUUUCAUACGGAGGAAGACAUUGAUGUUCUGGACCUGUAUGAGGGAACGGGACUGACGAAAAAUUUAACAUAUUCUCUCUCGGGAAUGGCUCCUGGAAACAUCUGGCUUUUAUCUCAUGAUGCCACGGUUGAAUUUCACACAGACUUCAUUAACAACUUUCAGGGCUUCAAUGCUAGUUACACAGAAGAGAACAUCAGUCAUCUCUCGAAUGAAGACAAGAUAAACUGUUCGUUUGAAGAAGAUUUCUGUUUCUGGAGGCAGGAACUUAAACAUGAUCAUGGAGACUGGUUGAGAGGCCGAGGCUCUAUUCCUCCACUUGGCACCGGCCCGAGUUUUGAUCACACGCUGGCCAACCGAUCAGGGUCCUACAUAGUGACCCCUAGAAGUGCAGGAAGUUUGGAAAAGAAAUUUCGUCUCUAUAGUCUUCCACUGUCUCCUGUGAAUGAAUCUAUGUGUCUGAGAUUCUGGUAUCAUAUGUUUGGAGAUGAAGUUUGGCGUCUGAUAGUCACGACGGAGGAAGGAUCUACUGUCACUGUCCUCUUUCAGAAGGAAGGGAACUAUGGUGACAACUGGAACUACGGCCAAGCCACACUGAACAGCACAGCAAAUGUUGUGGUUGUGUUUGAAGCACAGAAAAGGGCGGGCGUCCUGAAUGAUAUCGCUCUCGAUGACAUCAGCAUUGUGCCUGGUUCCUGUGGGGAGGGGCCUCCUGAGCCCACCCUGGUCCCCCCGCCCAUCACUCCUCCUCCCAUGCCAGCUGACUGUGGGGGUCCGUUUGACCUCUAUGAGUCAAACUCAACAUUCAGUUCUCCAAAUUAUCCACUUGGCUAUGGAUCGAAAGCUUCGUGUAUGUGGACUUUGCAUGCUAAGGAAGGACAGAAUAUCCAGCUGCAUUUUCAAGACGUUGCUUUGGAGGCUUCUUAUGACAUUUUAGAAGUUCGGGAUGGUAUAGAGCCCAAUUCAGAAUUAUUAGCUGUCCUUACCGGGGAUCGAUCCUUCCCGGAUCUCUUCUCCAAAACCUCCCAGAUGACCGUCCUGUUUUUCACUGACGCAUCGGGGAGUGAGAGAGGAUUUCUAGCCAACUUCAGCACCGGCUUUCAUCUCGGUCGACCGGAGCCGUGUCCGACUGGCCAGUUUCUGUGUGGCACGGGCGAGUGUGUGUCUGCUGCCAGCGUGUGUGAUGGUGUUACACAUUGUCCUGACGGCUCUGAUGAAGCAGACUGUGUGCAUCUAAUAACAGAUAAUGUAACCGAUGAUAGUCGACUCAGAAUGCAAGUCCAGGAUCAUCUUUACACGGUCUGCUCUCAGAACUGGACUAGAGGACUGUCGGGGUUCUUUUGUCGCUACUUGGGCUACAGGUGGGGAUAUCAUACAUUAUUAAAGAUUAAGGAUGGAGAUGCUCCCUUUACUACGGUUGGUCUGAAUGCUAAUGGCACAUUGGAACUGAAACCGAGUGAGAAAUGUGUCAGCGAGAAUAUUGUUUCACUAUACUGCAACAAUUUCCCAUGUGGCGUCCUUAAAGUGCCCUCAAAAAGCGACACUGACAAGAAUGCAGGAAGGGUGGUGGGAGGUCAGGCUGCUCAGAAAGGGGCGUGGCCGUGGAUAGUGUCUCUGCAUUGGCAGGGGGGUCACGUUUGUGGAGCCUCAUUGAUUGACAGCGAAUGGUUGGUUACAGCCGCACAUUGUGUUUAUGGAAAGAACGUUCAUCUGUCAAACUGGGUAGCUGUUUUGGGUCUUCACACUCAGUUAGGUACGGAUGAGCCUGACAGACAAUACCGUACAAUCGAUAAGAUUUUUAUGAACCAACAUUAUAACAGGAGGACAAAGGAUUCUGACAUCGCGCUAAUGCAUUUGCAGACGCCUGCCAACUUCUCAGAUUACGUUCAACCCAUCUGCAUACCAGAACAUGGAACAUUAUUUAAAGAAGGCACAAAGUGUUUCAUCGCUGGUUGGGGAAAACUAUUUGAAGGCAGUUCAGCAGCUAAUGUGUUACAGGAGGCUGUUGUACCGCUCAUAAACAACACACAGUGUCAGCGGUGGCUGCCUGAGUACAACAUCACAGAUCAGAUGGUGUGUGCUGGGUAUCCUGAAGGUGGUGUGGACACCUGUCAGGGGGAUUCUGGAGGUCCACUAAUGUGUGAGGAGGACAACCAUUGGGCCACUCUUGUGGGGGUGGCAUCUUUUGGAAGAGGCUGCGGACAACCGCAGAGUCCUGGUGCAUAUGCGUACGUCAAUCCUUAUGUUGACUGGAUUGCAGAGACACGACGUCUCUUCUCAGAAUGGAACGGUCAUUAAAUAUAAAAUAAAGUUCCAUCUUAAAUAAAUUGUUUCCUAUGUGCUUCUGGACAUGCCAGGCCUCAAGGGUCAUGCUCUCCCUACUACCUGACUUGGUGUUUGCUGUGAUCUGUGCACUUUAUAGAGUUGCUUAUGAGAACGCAAAUAUUAAUGUGUAUUUUUAUGUAACCGGUAUUCAUCUAAUUAAAAAAAAAUCAGAUGCAUUCAUUUUAGAUGUAAUAUCUUGAAUAUCUUGUAAUAUUCCACGUUAAUAAAAU